AUGUUUCUCAUGCUUUUCUUUAGGCUUCUGACUCGACAGUGGAGUGAUCGUGUGAUUAGAUCAGUAGUGCGUAGCAACUGGCUUGUUCAUGGCGGUCGAAUGGAUAGAGAGGUGCAGAUGAUGGUGACACCUCGUGUGGUAGAGGAAGUACGCAAGCACUUUGACUGCUGGGAUCUAGAGGGAGCCGAGCUUGAAGACCAAGGAGAGGAGGGGACUGCUCUCACACACUGGGAGAAGAGAGUCUUUGAGAAUGAAGCCAUGACAGGAACACACACACAGAACCCUGUCUACUCACGCAUUACUCUGGCUCUGAUGGAGGACACGGGGUGGUACCGUGCCAAUUACAGCAUGGCACAACCCCUCAGCUGGGGCAAGAACUUUGGAUGUGACUUUGCAAUGAAGAGCUGCAAGGAGUGGAUGGACAAUAAAACUGUAAGUGGGAAAUCAAUACACCCAUUCUGCAACAAGGUAAAACGUGAUCCCUUGGAGACAGAGUGCACUGAAGAUCGCAGUUCCGUGGCUCUCUGUAAUCUAGUGGAACACCAGGAAAAGCUACCACUCAUCUACCAGAACUUUGACUCAAUUCCACAUGUGAAACCAGGGCAGGAGAGCUUCUAUGGUGGUUCAGUGUCCCUGGCUGACUACUGUCCAUACAUCCAGGAGUUCACUUGGCGUUCCAAGAAUGUGAUCGUGCGGGGUUCGCACUGCCAGUAUUUUGAGAAUAAUCCAAAUCGAGAAAAGAACUUUGCAUUGGAACGUUAUGGAUCAAACUCUCGAUGUUUUGACCACACAAACCAAAUGUGGGAAGAACGCUCAUGUCGACAAGUGCGACAGUGGCAGCACUGGGGUUCUGGAUGUUAUGAAUACAUCUGCCAGGCAGGCAGGUUACACAUCGUGGUAACAAACUACACAUAUACAUGUUACUUCCCACAGCAGGAGCUGUCUGUUCGCAUCAUCUCAAAUGGAUGGCUUCAUAAAGGUGCACUCAUGUGCCCACCCUGUGAGGAACUCUGCCAGGUGAAAGUUCAAACAAGAGGGAACUGUUUUAUUUACAGUCCUGUCAGUGUUCUUAAAAAAAGUAAUGGUUGUUUUUGGUAGCAUUAUCUGUUUGUUAGCACUUGGGCUGCCAUGCAAUUUUUCCAGUGUAAAUAAGAACUGUACACUAACUUCUUAAUAUAC